AGGCUUCCAGGGAAUUUGUAGUACGAAUCUUGAAGUGCAUGGAAAUGCAGGGUGUUUUUAGGGCUUCAUGUAGAUGUUCAUGGUAAACACUAAGGCCCAAAGCCAUUAGCUUGGGAGAGCCGGCUAUAUUUUUGCUGAUGAUGCGUCCGUUGUAUACUUCCAAAUCAUUCCUCGUUUGGGUGUUCGGGAAUAAUGUUAGUGUUAAAUGGACAUAUGCACUUUUUUAUAUUCAAGUUUUGCGUACAUUGUAUCGGAAAAGCUGCAAUAUUUACCUUGUCAUUAAUUUAGUUAGGGUUAGGGCUCAUACACUCGUUUAUUCAAUUCGGUACUAGUGUAUAUUGUGUAUCCUACAGCCAAGCCAGUUCCCACUAUUCAAUGAAAACCAAUAAAUCGUAAAGUAAUAUUGUCACAAAAAAAGUGGAUCCCUUUUGCUUUGUGUUGGGAUGUUUGUAAACAUUCGUCGGUUGUCCCUGUGGCCCAUGCACGCAAUUAACAAUUAGGCACCCACUGCGAGGUAAAAUACGCUAAUACUUUUUAUUGAGAUUACUCGUCUGACGUGAUCAUCGCGCUCAUCCUAGUUCGGAUACCAUCUCAAAGACUGGUCGUGUUUAUUCUCUAAAUCGGAAAUUCGCAAACUCGAUAUAACAAAAGCUGGGGACACAGAUGACCCUCCAAGAAUCCCAGCCAACCCAGUGAUCAACGGCAACGUGGCCAUGGCCGAAGGACAAAACAACACGGAGGAAGACAUGGAAGACGAUACUAGCUGGCGGUCGGAAGCCACCUUUCGCUUUGUGGUGGAGCGCUUUAGCCGUCUCAGUGAGUCGGUGCUCAGCCCCUCCUGCUUUGUGCGCAACCUGCCCUGGAAGAUUAUGGUGAUGCCACGCUUCUACCCCGAUCGGCCGCACCAGAAGAGUGUGGGCUUCUUCCUGCAGUGCAACGCUGAAUCCGACUCGACGUUACUGACCUCUGAUUUGAUGGCCUCCAGGUCGUGGUCAUGUCACGCCCAGGCCAUGCUGAAGAUCAUCAACUAUAAAGACGAUGAGAAGUCGUUCAGCCGCAGGAUCAGUCACCUGUUCUUCCACAAGGAGAACGAUUGGGGCUUUUCCAACUUCAUGUCCUGGAGUGAUGUAACUGAUCCCGAGAGAGGCUUUGUUGAUGACGACAAAGUUUCCUUUGAGGUUUACGUCCAGGCGGAUGCCCCACAUGGAGUAGCCUGGGACUCAAAGAAACACACAGGCUACGUUGGACUGAAGAACCAGGGAGCCACCUGUUACAUGAACAGCCUGCUGCAAACACUGUUUUUCACCAACCAACUGCGGAGGGCAGUAUACAUGAUGCCCACAGAGGGUGACGACUCCUCAAAGAGUGUCCCCCUGGCGCUGCAAAGGGUGUUCUACGAGCUCCAGCACAGUGACAAGCCAGUCGGCACCAAGAAACUCACCAAAUCCUUUGGGUGGGAGACCUUGGACAGCUUCAUGCAACACGACGUCCAGGAGCUCUGCAGAGUGCUCCUUGACAACGUGGAGAAUAAAAUGAAGGGCACCUGCGUGGAGGGAACCAUCCCAAAGCUCUUUCGAGGAAAGAUGGUGUCGUACAUCCAAUGUAAGCAUGUGGACUACCGAUCCGAGCGGAUAGAAGACUACUACGACAUCCAGCUCAGCAUCAAAGGAAAGAAGAACAUCUUUGAGUCUUUCAAGGACUAUGUGGCCACCGAGCAGUUGGAUGGGGACAACAAAUAUGAUGCAGGAGAGCAUGGCUUGCAGGAAGCUGAGAAGGGGGUCAAGUUCCUCACCUUCCCCCCCAUCCUUCACCUUCAGCUGAUGAGGUUCAUGUACGACCCCCAGACCGACCAAAACAUCAAGAUCAAUGACAGGUUUGAGUUCCCCGAGCAGCUCCCGUUGGACGAGUUCCUGCAGAAGACCGACUCAAAGGACCCGGCCAACUACAUCCUGCACGCCGUGCUGGUGCACAGCGGGGACAACCACGGGGGCCACUACGUCGUGUACCUCAACCCCAAGGGAGACGGCAAAGUCAGCGUCAAGGAGCCCAUCUGGUGUAAGUUUGAUGACGACGUGGUGUCACGCUGCACCAAGGAGGAGGCCAUCGAGCACAACUACGGCGGCCACGACGACGACCUCUCUGUGCGCCACUGCACCAACGCCUACAUGCUGGUGUACAUCCGGGAGUCCAAGCUCGGUGAGGUGCUCCUGCCUGUGACGGACGUGGACAUCCCCCAGCAGCUGGUGGAGCGUCUUCAGGAGGAGAAGAGGGUGGAGGCCCAGAAGAGGAAGGAGCGGCAGGAGGCCCAUCUCUACAUGCAGGUCCAGAUGGUGACGGAGGACCAGUUCUGCGGCCACCAGGGCAACGACAUGUACGACGAAGAGAAGGUCAAGUACACGAUCUUCAAGGUGCUGAAGAGCUCAACACUCCAGGAGUUCGUUCAGAAUCUCUCCCAGACUAUGGGGUUCCCCCAGGACCAGAUGAGGCUUUGGCCCAUGCAGGCCCGCAGCAACGGCACCAAGAGGCCCGCCAUGCUGGACUACGAGGCCGACUGCAGCAAGUCGAUGAUUGACUUGAGCGACAACGAGAACCCGUGGACAAUAUUUUUGGAGACGGUGGACCCAGAAAUGGCUGCAAGUGGCGCAACGUUACCCAAGUUCGACAAAGACCAUGAUGUCAUGUUGUUCCUGAAGAUGUAUGAUCCUAAAACCAGAAGCUUAAAUUAUUGUGGACAUAUCUACACACCUAUAUCCUGCAAAAUAAGAGACCUGCUGCCCGUCAUGUGUGAGAGAGCAGGGUUUCAGCAGGAAACUAGCCUUAUCCUCUAUGAGGAAGUAAAGCCCAACCUAACGGAGCGGAUCCAGGACUACGACGUGUCUCUGGACAAGGCCCUGGACGAGCUCAUGGAUGGGGACAUCAUUGUCUUCCAGAAAGUCCCGUCUCCAGAGGCAGCUCUACGUUCUCCAGGGCCUUUGACACAUGAACCACUUCUACCCAGGGACGACCCGGAGAACGACAGCAGCGAGCUGCCCACCGCCAAGGACUACUUCCGGGACCUCUACCACCGCGUGGACGUCAUCUUCUGUGACAAGACCAUCCACAACGACCCCGGCUUCGUGGUCACACUCUCUAACCGCAUGAACUACUUUCAGGUGGCCAAGACGGUGGCCCAGCGGCUGAACACGGACGCCAUGCUGCUGCAGUUCUUCAAGUCCCAGGGGUACAGGGACGGCCCCGGGAACCCGCUCAGGCACAACUACGAGGGCACGCUGCGCGACCUGCUGCAGUUCUUCAAGCCCCGGCAGCCCAAGAAACUCUACUACCAGCAGUUAAAGAUGAAGAUCACAGACUUUGAGAACAGGAGGAGUUUCAAGUCCAUAUGGCUCAACAGCCAGUUCAGAGAGGAGGAGAUCACCCUGUACCCGGACAAGCACGGCUGCGUGCGGGACCUGCUGGACGAAUGUAAGAAGGCGGUCGAGCUCUCCGACAAAGGCUCAGAGAAGCUCAGGCUGCUGGAGAUAGUAAGCUAUAAAAUCAUCGGCGUCCACCAGGAAGACGAGCUGCUAGAAUGUUUAUCCCCGGCCGCCAGCCGCACCUUCAGAAUAGAGGAGCUUCCCAUGGACCAGGUGGACCUGGACAAGGACAGCGAGAUGCUGAUCCCCGUCGCCCACUUCCACAAGGAGGUGUUCGGCACCUUCGGGAUCCCCUUCCUGCUAAAGAUCCGACAGGGAGAGGCCUUCAGAGACGUGAUGAGGCGGAUCCAGACCAUGUUGGACAUCCAGGAGAAGGAGUUUGAAAAGUUCAAGUUUGCUAUUGUUAUGAUGGGCCGGCAUCAGUACAUCACAGAGGACGAGUACGAGGUCAACCUGAAGGACUUCGAGCCACAACCAGGCAACAUGUCCCACCCGCGGCCCUGGCUCGGCCUGGACCACUUCAACAAAGCGCCAAAGAGAGGCCGCUACACCUACCUGGAGAAGGCCAUCAAGAUCCACAACUAAAGCAACCCCCCCCCCACACCUAACUCUUCAUCAACGCGCGCCGCUAUUCCACCUCACACACAUACACACACAACACACAUACACACACGCAUAAAUAUACACACACACUUACACUAGAGUGUUCUGCGUGUGGCCCCACCAUCUGUUGCCCCCCCCCCGCACCACGCCCACUCGUCGUCCACAGAUGGAUCCGCUGUAAGGGAUCCCCUCCUUUUCCGUUUUGACUCGCCUUCCUUUCUCUCUGAAUGGCUGCUCUGCUUCACUCUCAUAGCUCAUAGCUCCUCCUCCCCUCUGUUGGGUUUCCUCGUAUCUAGAAUUGGCAGAUUUUAAAAAACCACACAAAAUGUACAAAAUGAAAAAAAAAAUAAUAAUCACACAGCUCAGAGGGGAGAAUUUUGAAACUUCUAAACUUUCAAUUAGUUGAGCUUUUGUUCUUCCUGGUCUCAUCCAGUCCCCUGCACCCCACGGCCCCCUCCGGCCCC